AUGGUCCUCCUGAGCGUAAGCGGCGACGAGAAAGUGCAUCACCGACGCCGACGCAGUCCCCGUCCCGGUCAAGGGAUUCUUACAGAGACAGCCAAGAUUUUACCUCGUAAAGGUACGGCACUCAGCAUACGUGGUGCAGCAGAACGCGCUAGACAAGCUUCGCAGGGCUGGACAGCCGUUCAGGAGAAACGCACCGAUUCUACCGCCAGAUCGGAUCCAGCGGGGCCUCCGCCUCCAGGACCCCCCCCUGGCCCACCGCCACUAUAUGCGCGCCUGUCUACGGCCAAUAAGUCCCCUGCUUCUUCCACACCAGAGACCUAUGAGUCCACUGCACAUGUCCAUCUCGAUGAGGCAUACGAUAUUGUAGGGCAAGUGGGUGAAGGUAUGUAUGGCCAAGUAUACAAAGCCACCUCCUCGAGGAAGGGGACGCUUGUUGCCUUGAAACGUAUUCGCAUGGACGGGGCUCGUGAGGGUUUCCCGGUCACCUCGAUGAGGGAAAUGAAGCUUCUUCAGUCCCUGCGUCAUGAAAAUGUAAUCCGCCUGCACGAGACCAUGACGAGCCGGAGCGGCUCUGUAUACAUGGUAUUUGAGUAUAUGGAACAUGAUUUACAUGGGAUCCUUGUCCAUCCCAAAGUGUCCUUUACCGAUGCGCAUCGCAAAUCCCUUGCGUCGCAACUACUUCAUGGCUUAGCUUAUCUACACCAACGCGCGAUUCUGCAUCGCGAUCUCAAAGGCUCUAAUCUCCUUCUCAACAACCAAGGUAUUCUCAAGCUCGCUGAUUUUGGUCUUGCACGCACAUACUAUAAACGCAAAGCCGGUGAUUAUACGAAUCGUGUGGUGACCCUAUGGUACCGACCACCAGAGCUCUUGCUCGGCGCCACGCAUUACGGGCCGGAAGUGGAUAUGUGGGGUGCGGGGUGCUUAUUCCUGGAGCUAUUUACACGAAAGGCCCUGUUUCAAGGUCGCGACGAAAUUCAUCAAUUGCAUGUAAUCACACGCACACUUGGUGCGCUCACCGCAUCCGCCUGGCCGGAUGUAACCACACUCCCGUGGUACGAGCUGCUUCGGCUCGAUAAAGAUACCUCACAAAUCAAGUUUCUCGAUUCAUCUACACCCACGACGGACCCAAGUUCUGAUACCCCUGAUGGUCUAGCUCAGCAUUAUGCCGCGUUAGUGAGCCCUGGUGCCCUGGAGAUGGCCCACGGUUUGCUGACCUACAACCCAGUGCAGCGCUGGAGUGCCCAGCGCGCCCUUCGAAGCGCGUAUUUUAUUUCUGAAGAGCCUCGUCCGGAGGCGCCUGCUGCGGUCCUAUCCUCGCUCGGUGGAGACUGGCAUGAAAUGGAGACCAAACGCGCGCUACGACACGCCUCCUCGGCUUCGCAAGCACGCGCCACGUAG